UGUAUCUACGCAAUUGACUGUAAAACCAGAUUUUAAAUUGUAUUCAUCUAUUUUAGUAUUAAAAAUGGUUUAAUCCUUCUAAGAAUACGAACAACAAUCUGUAAUUUUGUUUUCUUUAUGACCCUUUGAGUUUCCUUUUUUUCAUCUAUUGUUUUCACUGUUGCUCUUGUUGUUUUCAUGUUGAUUUCAAUCUGUUUUCAUCCCAUGAUUCAGAUAAAUUUUCAUCCUCUCUUUCUUUAUCACUACCUUAAAUCUCUCUCUCCUUUCUCACUCUUCUGGAUAAACUCCAACUAAAGAAAGAUGAGCAAAAAAGUGACAAUUUAGUGCCUUUCCAAAAAUAAAACAACCAUUUUUUCACAAAAAAUCCGGCGACAUUGGAUAAGGUCAACAAGAUGUUGUCUGUUGAAGCAAACAACUAACUUCAAUUUAUCAACCUUUCAUUUACAUUCGUUCAUUGGAUCACCAUAAUUGUAGUCAUCAACACCAUCAUGGUAAACAUUGGAAGAUGUGAAAUUUGAUCAAAUUAUUGCUGUUAGAAGUUUUGAGUUCAUUCAGGAAUCCGAUUUACCAUUGAUAUCUCCAUCGUCUAUGAUUAAGGGAUAAUUGGUGAAAAGGUCGUAAUCCUCCUUAUGGUGAUAAUUUGAUUUGAAGUUGAAAAUCAGUGAAAAGAAAUAUUGAAAUACUUUUUUUCGUUUUAUUCAGAUUUUUCCAUUUCUUUGGCUCUGGUUUAAAGAAACGGCUUGAAAAAUAUUUAGACAGAGAGGCGACAAAAGAGAAGAUAAAAGUGAAAGUGAAAGGGGAAUGAAAAGACAGAGAAAAGGCGUAAAUAGGGGAAGAUAAGAGAGCAAAGGAAGACACAGAAAGACAUAGACAGAUUGAGAAAACAUUGUGAGUUUGGUGUUUGCUCUCACUUUCUCUUCUGUGUCUUUUUUGUUUCCUUUACCUUACUUUUUUGUCAUCAUCAUAAUCAUCAGAUGAAGACGAUGAUGAAGAAGAGAGAGAAAGGGAAGAGGUGAGACAAAAGAAAGGCAAAUGUGACGAAGAGAGAGAAACAGAGAAGAAAAAAAAACAAGGUUCGAAUGUUUUUUUGAACAAAGAAAACAUUUUAAGAAAAUAAAAUAAGAAAACUAAAGGAGAGUAACAAUUAACAUUAUCAUCGUCUACCCAUUCUUAUCCUUAACAGCAUUGUCCUCAACAGUAAAAUUUACAUCACCUCACAGUAAUGAUCAUCAAUUGUCGUCCUCAUCGUCAUCAUCGUUAAAUUUUACAAUAGUGUUGUGUCCAGUUUUUUGAUAAUCACCUGUGUCUUUCAAUUUUUGUCCUGUGUGCUUCCGUUUGUCUUCUGGUAUCUUUUUGGGUCAACAGUGAACAAUGAUUGGGAUAGUUUAAAAUUUGUGAUAUUUCUUAUGACUUGAGUCUUGAUUGCUUCUGUUUUUUUUUAAAUUUAUUGAAUUGUCCAAACUUUGUUUAAUGGCCCUUUGACGUUAUUUCAUCAUUGAUCAAUUAUUAAAACUACAAAGAUGUGAUUAAUCAGAACUGUUAUGGUUGUGGUUUACUUUCCACUUCGCAGUUGAUGUGAUCGUGUUAACUCAAAAUCUACACACAUUCAAAGCAACCUGUUGUUUUUGGAUUUACUUUAGUCAUCGAUUGAAUUCUGUGGAUUAACAGGAUUAAAAAUGAUUCCAAAGCAAAAUAUAAUUAAACCUGCAAAAGAUAUAACCAAAAGAUAUUAAGCCAAAGGUGUUAAUCCAUAGAUUUUAUGGAAAAUAUUUUUUCUCACACUCUAAACCAAUGUGUCAUCAGAUCAACAGUAUUUUCCGUUAAACAAAAUGUAUUGACAUCAAUCCAAACCAAUCCAGUGUCUUCUAUAAAUUUAUUUCAGGAUAAUAUACCUUCACCGUGCCAUUUAUUGUUAAGUGUUAAUCAUGUGUCUGGAAGCAUAAAUGGAUAUUUGAAUGUUUUAUGUCGCCAAAUUGGACUUUAUUUUGUAAAUGUUUUCCCUGUGAUAUUUAAUUUCCACAUUUUGUAGAUCGUGAAACUGAAAACACCGAGAAAUAUUAUUUUACUAUUCUUCUUGCAUGUUUAAUCUUAUUUGAGAUGAAAGCUACAACUCAAUUACAUUUCACUAUUUGUACAUGAUGACCAAAGUGUUAAAAUCUUCUGGAUUUUUAUAACCAAAUGUCAAUUAUUAAUGCCUUAAUGACGACCUUCGAUCAGGCAAUUUCAAUGGAUCUUCGGCAAUUAUUUUGCCUCCUUCUAUUCUUCAUACUAUAUGUUGUGAUUGGAGGUACAGUGUUCAUGAUUCUUGAAUCAGCUCAAUCAGAAGCGGAUAAAGAAAGGGAACGAGAUACACUUUUACAAAUUAAAGAUAUUUUAAUAGACAUGAAUUUAACGAAUGAGGAUAAUGAGGAUCGACGUUUAAAGAUGUUAAAUAUAAUUGGUCAACGAGAAUCAGUUCUUGACCCCGAAUACGCCAUGAGAUGGGGUUUUUUUAAUUCUUUUUUCUUUGCCAUAACUGUUGUAACAACAGUUGGAUAUGGACAUUUAUCACCAUCAACUCCUGCAGGAAGGAUAUUCUGUAUUAUUUAUGCGCUGUUUGGCAUUCCAAUGACCGGUAUAUUAUUAGGAGCUAUCGGUGAUCGAUUUAGUCGAUGUUUUCUUAAUAAGAUGAGCCAAAUUAGAAAGGAACCUCUACAACAUUUAUCACAAAAACUUCUUGUUCUUCGACAUGCAAUGCUUUUCUUUCUUCCAUGGUUCAUUGUAUUCCUCAUUAUUCCUGCAUUUCUUUUUCAAAUAAUUGAAAAUUGGACUUUUCUUGAGAGUUUCUAUUAUUGUUUUGUUACACUUUCAACCAUUGGAUUCGGUGAUUUAGUUCCAGGUCAAUUUUAUCAAAAAUGGGUUUGGAUUUACAAAAUAGCUGCAGUUUGCUGGAUAAUAUUUGGACUUGCCUAUCUUUCGAUGAUACUCAACUUUAUCAGUAAAGGUUUUCGAAGUCAACACUUGAGCAAUGUUGUCCAUUCAAUAAGAAGAAUCUCAGUUCCACCUCGAAGAAUUAACUUUGCCGGAUCACCUAACAAACCUAGAUUCGGGAAUGGCUCAACUCCAACGAGUCCAUCAUCUCCAGACUUUAGAUCAACAACACCACAAUUUUUGGUUUCAUGUGAUAAACCGCCUGCACUGAGUAAUCUGGUGAAUAUUACACUUGACGAAACAAAGAAAACUUAUAUAUAGCAAAUCGUAUUACUCUUAAGCGUAAUUUCAAAACGAUUUAAUAUAUUGAUGGUCAACGAGAAUAUUUACAGUGGUGAUCAUAAUGUGCCUUGAAGCUCGUUGGAUUCCUAAAAGCAUGUUUGAUGUCUCAUUCGCCAAAGUGCCUUAUUAAGUGAUCUGAUUGUACUGACUGUUUCCAACUGUAUCCAACUGUUUCCUGGUCAAUGGAAUGGGAAAAUUUGGAAAAUCGUGAAUAAUUUGUAUCUUUCGAUUCCGUCUAAAUACUCAAAACACUUUGGCUGAUUGACUUCACCCUGUUGACUCCUAAUAUUGAUUAUGGUUAAAUUGGCACAACAGAUGUUUAAUCAUUGUGAUAAUCAUUGUGAUUAAUUUUUUUACAAUAGACAAAUUGUCAUGCUAUAAUCUGAAUCUCUUGAUACAUUUACUUGCUAGUCAAUAAUGUAUUUUUUUCAUUUACCGAAUAAGGUAACCAAAGAAAGUUGCCAAAUUUCCAUUUGCUUUUUGCAAUGGAACUGUUAUAAAUGUAAGAAAACGAAGUGAGAAACAUUGUUAUAUUUAAAUACUCACAAUUUCAUUUAGUAAUCAAUUUUAUCAAAUCAAUCAUCAUCCUUUUCUUCAAUCUAAUUCCGAUUUCUCUUUUUCUGUUUUCUGUAUCUUUUUUCUCUACAACAUAUUCCUUUUCCUUUCAUUCAUGAUGUAACAAUC